AUAUUCAGUCGUACCUAGAAGUCCAAGAACUCUAUUAACCAACACUAACCACCAUUCUGUACUCUCCCUUAUUCUUCAAAUUACAUUUCCUUCCGAUCAAAAAUUUCAGUCUUCAUUUUCUCAAAUCUAUCUUGAAUUUAAUUCCGAAUUCACGUCAUUCAUGGCUUCCAAUGGAGCUCCUGUGGCCGAUGGCGAUACGAAGACGAGCUUGGAGAAGAUCAAACGGCAGCUGGCGUCUGGUUCUGGUCGGAAUUUACUUCAAGGGCCUCUGCUGAAACGAUCGGAAACGGUACUGAUUAGAAUAGAGCAAAUUGAUUUCCUUUUUCCUUUUUCUUUUCUUGUUCGAAAAAAAGAAAAUUAGUAGUGAAGCUAUUAUUUUUAAUUUUAAUCGCUUUAAAUAUGCUGAUUAUAUAGCUGUUGAUAAUGAAAUGUUCGUUUAUUUGACCAUCUGGUUACUGGGCUCUCCUUUGAUUCUUACAAUACUUCCCUGUUUCUUUCUUUCCUUUUAAAGUUGCAAUCAAAGUGGGGUUGCUGGAAAGUUGAUAGUGGUGGAAGUCAGAUCACUGUAUUGAUUUCUGCUCUUAAAUUUAUGUUGGAUAGGAUCAUGAUUGGCUUCUAUCUUGAAUUUAUCGAACUUUAGUUUGUUCUGUAGGUAUAUUAUUGGCCACUGACCAAAUUAUUUUUGGAAUUAGCUUACUUUGGCUCGUCCCAUCGAAUUAAUUACAAAGGCCAAUUGUCACUGUGAUGAGUUUUUUGGAAUUUGAUUGUUCAGAAAUAAAAUUGGGAAUGCGCAGUAAUGAAUUUAAGGAAACUGCCUUGGAACUUAAAGUUGGGGCUUCGGAGAGGAAUUGUAGUCAUCCUGUGUUUAUGAUUACUUUUCAAUAUUUUUCUCAACUCCAGGAUUCUUUGUAUAUGAGGUCGUUGAAAUCCUUUCCAGGUAACUGGGGAAUCCAUUCCCAUAAUUAGGUUUUGACAUCCUUUUCUUAGGUAACUGGGAGGAUGACACUACUCAAAUAAAUUUUUUUGAUAAUUAACUGCUACUGUGUGUGAGACUAGGUAGCAAAAGGUAAGAGAACUGGUUGUUCUUCUGGAUUAUAUUCAAAUUGAAUUCAUUGUUUCUAGAAAACUCGUCAUGUUUUAAGUGUUCUUUCUGAUGUUAUGUUUAAUGCUUCUACCGUUAAAUAAACAACUGAUUGGACGACUUGAGCUUUUUUUAAGUCUGAUUUUAUGCUAUCUGUAUUGCCUCUAUUUGUGAAACACCUUGACAUACAUCAUUGGUUCAGAAUAGCAUCUCUCUUCAUGGUAGUUACAAACUUGUGAUGGGAGUAAAAAUCAACUCUCUUUUCAACUCUCUUUGUUAUGAUUUGUGGCUCUUCAAGGUCAUUUCGUUGGUGUAUCUGAAAAGUGUUUCUUUACAAGCUUGGAAAACCUGUAUGGGUCUGGGUUUUGUCAUCUUCCGAAAGUUGUGCUUCAUCGACUUUACCAGGCGGAUUAGCUUUUGCAACCGUUGCAUUUGUUGAACCUAUAACAGAUUGAGACAGCUUAAGGGUUGAGGUUACCAUGUGAUUAUUCAAUAAACAUCAAACACCUUGUUUGAGCAUCAUGGUCAUUUAUGCUAGGCUAUGCACAGAAUGGGAGUUUUAUGGCUACUGGGUCCACAAAAUUGUAUAAAUUUCACUGUUUUCUGAGCAUUUGAAGUCUCUAUCAUUGAUGCUGAAUAGCAUCAUUUUUAUGGUAGGUGCGGAUGAACUUAGCCUAUUAGGGAAAGCCAUUUGUCUUUGUUCUAUUGUUGUUUUGAUUGUCCAUUCCAUUGUGAUACGUGGUCUUUAAUAUGGUCGAUUUCCUUGUUGUAAGAGAAGUCUAACAAAUUUGGGAAACCUGUAUUGGUUUGGGUUUCUUAAUCUUCCAGAAAUUGUUGAUUCAGUAGAGUAGGUUGUGCUACCCUUCCAUUUGUUGAAACAUAAUAAUUUAAACAGGUGAUGACAUAUUUAUUCAAGGAGUGAAUCCCGUAGCUGUUACUGGUACGUUUUGUUUGUUCCCUUACUAAAACAAUUCCAAGAUUUGUGGCGAUACUAAAAGAGUGCAGAAAUGAUAUAAUACAAGGGUAUAUAUAGGGGAAUAUUUCCUUCUUUUUUUUUUUUUGAUUGCUACCAGUGUCCUCAAAAUUGUGUAAAUGUUACUGUUUUCUUGAAUUUUAAAGUCUCUAUUCAUGCUAAAUAUUGUCGAUCUUUUUCCUACUUUUCUUUAUACUUCAUAUAAGAAACAAGAAAGCCUAUAAAAUGACAUUUUGACAAUCAGGAAUAACCUUUUCUCAGAUUAGUACAAGCCAAAACAUAAUGCCAAAUGCUAUUGAAAAGUUGAGAACACUUUAAGCAGGUUUAAGUGUUUUGAAAUCAAAAUUUCUACAAAGAACUGUUCAAUGUUUUUCGUUUGUGUUAUGGUUGAAUCAUAUUUUGGGGUAGUUUAUUAGUUCCAAAAUGUGUAAGAUGGAGUGCACAUUUUACGGCAGAUUGUGGAGAAUCUUAGGAUGGCGAUAGCAAAGUUGGGAUUGUAUGUUUGACGUCAGCCUUGAAUCGUGGUGCUGUCUUAAUGGAGCCACCAUGAGUGACUCUUUAUGUUUCUUUAUUUUCUAUUAUUUUUCUAUUCUUUGGGCUUUUUGAAAAGGAGAAAAAUCUAAUGAGCAUCUCCUGAAAGUGAUUCUUUGAGAACCUCAAACUAGGAGAAAAGCAUGUAAGCUUAUUCUGUUUUUUAUGCGGUGCUUUCCUUUAUUGGGCACGCACAAACGUAUAGAGUUGAAGCAGAAAUUAGUUAAAAAAUGGGAAGAAACACUAAUCAUUUGUAAUUUGUAUUCUGUAAAAUCAAUUUAUUCAUUGAUGUUUUCAAUGCUAACAAGUUAACCCUUUUUGGGGAGAAAGAUAAAAAAUACUUUUUGAUUCCUUGCUGUGAAAAAAACAAUCCCUUCAUAUUUUUUGGUCAUUCGCAAUCCUAUGUGAGUUCAAAACCAUUCAACAUGAGAAUGCAUAAUUUCCUAAUGAUUAGAUAGAUGAGACCUUGAUUGAUGGAUGAUAGAGGUUUGAAUUGACUGUGGCCAUAUUUAUAAUUUCGUACUACUAAGUUGUCAUAAUGCAUAAUGGUGUUCAUUUGGUUUACAAGCUGAGAUGGAUAUCUUCUAUUUUGUGUAGCUAAGGAAAUGGAAUGAACGAUGGGUAAUUUUAGACCCUACAACUGGGAAAAUGGAGUAUAAGAUUCGGAGAAACGAGCCUGCUGUCAAGGGGACCAUUGUAUUUGAUGCAAAUAGCACAAUAACCAUUUCUCCUGUGAACUUCCAAGGACUACCAAAGUAUGACGGUUGUUGUUUCUAUAUUGGGACACCCCAGAAAAAGGAUUAUUUCCUUUGUGCAGAAACUCCUGGUGCUGCUAGAGCUUGGGUAUCCACACUACAGGCGACACAACUGGUUUUAAGGGCUCAUAAAGAGGCUGUCAAUUCUUUAAGUGGGAAUGGGUCUACAAAACUAGGUACAGUUGCCACAGUAGUUGCUGCUGCUAAUUCAACGGCUGCGGAGGCCUCUAAAGAAAUUGAAGCUGCAAUGCAGAUUGCUAUGAGAAAUGCUCUUGGAAACAUGUUAAACAAGGCCCCUGAUGGUCCCAUGGAUGAUUUAUCAAUUAUGAAAGAGACUCUACGAGUGAAGGAUGAAGAGCUUCAGAAUUUGGCUCGGGAUAUUCGCGCUAGAGAUUCAACAAUAAAAGAAUUAGCAGAAAAACUUUCUGAAACGGCUGGGGCUGCUGAAGCUGCUGCAUCUGCAGCCCACACCAUGGAUGAGCAAAGAAGAAUUGCUUGCAAUCAAGUUGAGCGCCUGACAAGAGAUUUGGAGAAACAACAAGAGUUGUUUCUGUUGAAGGCUAAAGAGUUAGAAGAAAGGGCUACAAUUCUCAGCAAGGAAAAAGAACAACUUGUAAAGCAAAGAGACUCAGCAAUGCAGGAAGCACAUUUAUGGCGUACUGAGCUUGCAAAAGCUAGAGAGCGUGUUGUAAUAUUGGAAGGGGCUGUUGUGCGAGCUGAGGAAAGGGUUAGAGUUGCAGAAGCUGAUGCUGAAGCUAGAAUAAAAGCAGCAGCUGAGAAAGAGGCAGCUGCCGCUAAAGAAAAUCAAGAAUUGCUGGCAUAUGUCAAUGUGUUACAAGAACAACUAAAGAGGCAGCAGGUUGACACCAAACAAGUAUUUGAGGAGAAGUCCGAAUCCUCUUCCGAUACUAGUAGCAGUGUUACUCUGACCAAACAUGUGGAUCCUUCAGAUGAGAAUGUGGAUAAAGCAUGUCUAAGCGUUUCAAAAGCAAUACCAAUGAAUGGAGAAAGUGUAGUCCAUCUUUCUGUGGACUCUACCAAUAUCCGGCCGAUGGGAGACGGUGAAUGGAACGACAUUCAAACAACAGAAGCGCAGAUAGCUGAUGUAAGAGAGGUUGCACUCGAAAGGGAAGGGAGUAGUCAUGACAUACCAGUUGUCACUCUACCCGUAGAUUCUGAACACGCUCAAGCAGUGAACUCUUCUCAUCAGCCUUAGAAUAGAGUUCCAAAAGUAUGAGUCUAUAAGAUAAUUUGAAUCAAUCAAACGGACUGAAAAAUGUAUGAUAGCUUAAAAGUAUGUGAGUGGAAGUUUUCUUUUUAAUCCCUUCCAGUCUCUAGUUUUUUGUCAUAGGUAUAUUGUUUGAUACCUCUCAUUGGCGGAUUUAGGACUAGUGAGCUUUUACAAUGUUCAUUAACAAGUAUUUUAUGAGUGUUGCCUUCAAAGUGUGCUUGAUUUUUGCUGUGACAAUUGUAUGCAAACAUUCACUUGACUUUGUAAAUGGACGCAAUUUAUUCUUUGAUUGUCAA